AUGAACAUAUCACCAACUCCAAGACGGUAUAAUUCAAGAAACGGCGGUAUCGAUUUUAAUGAUGAGAAUUACCUUGCGUUUUCUGAUCCAGUCAACAGGGAUGCAAAUGGCAAUGGAAUAGGUAGAGAAAGAAUUGUGCCUGAAGAAUACAAGUUAAACUCACGAAUGAUUAAUAGACUUAUUAGGCAAAACAAAGAAUUAAUGAAUAAGUUAGAUGGCAAACAAGAGGAAAUUGAUCGUUUGAACGUUUUAGUUGGUUCACUUAGGGGCAAAUUGAUCAAGUAUACGGAAUUAAACAAAAAAUUGGAAGAUAGACAAAAUGUUAGCAGAUCUUCCAGUGGCGGUAGCAAUGGCAUGGAAACCGAUUCAAACUAUAUUCAGUUACCCAAAAGACGUAAUAACAAGGACCUUGAUAAAGAUACAGACCCCAGACUGAGCAAAGACGAUCGAAUUAGCGUCCUAAGUGAAAAAUUAGACAUGUUGACAAAAAUAAUGAUGGAGAGUAGAAAUAGUUCGCUGGCGUCACCACCACCACAACAACAACAAACUGCUAACAUUCCCACACCUGCGUCUGCUCCAACGGCAGCAACAAGUUCAACGUCACCCCUACCUCCAAAUACAUCGACAUCAGUUUGGCAAAGACCCUCCGAAGAAGAUAUAAUGUGCCGUGAAAGUAUGGAAUUAAAACAACUGGAAGAUCAAAUUGAAUCGUUAAAGAGAAAACUACUCAUUAAACGUGAGAAUGAAUUGCGUAAAAUUUCGCUAAGUCAAGAAUUACUAGAACUUAUGGGUAAAUUAAGCAUGGAACAAGCUCAAGUGCAACAAGGAGCUGCUGGAUCCACAGCUACAACUGUCCCACCUCGUACAUCAACCGCGGUACCUUCCGCGGAACAACAUGUAUCUUCGUCUUCGCCUGAAUUUUGCAUGGAAUGUCAUCAUACAAAGACACAUCCUCUACAUCAACAUCAUGACCAUAAUCACAUUCUACGCAACGAUCUGAAUUCAAGAAGGCCUACAGUACCAGCGAUAAAUCCGCUAGAGACUCCUACACCAUUCGCCAAGAGAGCAAGUCUCGCUGCAUCAACAGGCGACUUAACCGAUACAAUCAACAGAGUGUGGUAG